AAAGCCAGCUGUGUGUCCCUCUGCUCUGUCUUCACAUCAUGGAUGUCACCGCAAAUGCUUCCAUCCAGUAACGGGUUCCUCUCUGCCAUCCAAACGUCAUGAUUCCCAGGGCGGGUAAAGAGUUUCUGGUCCGCAUACGGUUCUUCUGGAAGCCGUUCUUCCAGGGCCGCUACCUGCUGCUCACCAACACCCUGAGUGGAGGAGUGAUGCUGUCGCUGGGAGACAUCCUGCAGCAGAGCCGGGAGAACCGCAGGGAGCCGGGCCGAGUCCGGGACUGGAAGAGGACAGGUCGCAUGUUUGUGGUGGGCUGCUCCAUGGGUCCACUGCUGCACUACUGGUACAACUGGCUGGACAGAGUGUAUGUGGGCAAAGCUCUGAACACGUUGAGCAAGAAAGUGCUGGUGGACCAGCUUGUCGCCUCACCGACGUUGGGGAUGUGGUAUUUUUUAGGUAUGGACCUCUUGCAGGGACGCAGUUUAUCCGAAGGAUGGGUGGAUUUUAGAGACAAGUUCUGGGAGUUUUAUAAGAUGGACUGGUGUGUUUGGCCUGCCGCUCAGACGAUCAACUUCUACUUUCUCUCGCCCAAAUUCCGCGUCGUGUACAUCAACUUUGUGACCUUAGGGUGGGACACCUACCUCUCCUACCUCAAACACAGGGAUGACGUGCAGCAUGCUGAUGUGGCGUCAGACAGCAGCGCAGAGGAUGUACAGCAGGAAGCACUGCCACCAUCUGAACCUCUGAAGGAGAAGGUUUAGACGCAGAGUUCAUCCUCAGCUGUGAAGCUCUUUAGAGGCUGUUUUUUUUUUUUAUGUGGGUUCAGGAUUCUUGUCCUCCCUUCUUUGAAAAUGCUGCUGACUGUUGUGUGCAACAGUUUGUGUUUUUCUGGUGAUCUCUUCCCUCCUCUCUCAAGUUUAAACUGACCUCAGGUUUCUGUCUGAGGAGUUGUGGAUGUUUAAGUCGAAGUGCUGGGACGGUUUUCGCUCUCCAUGUCUGAGGACUUUUAAUGUGUCUCCGUCCAUUUUGUUUCUUUAUGUCUGGACGAUGUGCACUCCUGAUCAGGGAUGAAAAGCUGUUUCACUGCCCUCAGCCACUUUCCCAUCUGAAAAUCUAUUUGCAAAGUGGUUUUCGUGGGAAUCUCUCGAAUGCAUCCAGACGUUUCUCCAACUUCUCAGCAACUAUCAUCUUUGUUGUACUGUUACACCCAAAGCUUGAAACUGACUGAGAUGUUUCUGUUGUUUUGUCUGUUUUUGUGGAAGAAUCAGUACUGAUGUGAUCCAGCUGCUGAGUUUUCCACAUUAAGCCAUGUUAACCUGUGUGAACUUUGCCUUAAUGUGUAGCCCAGAGCUACACUUGUUUUCAUGCCAAAUAGCCUCGACCUAUUCCGCCUAUCCUUUUUAGGGUACCUAUAAAACGAUGCAUGAUUGUCAAUCUAUAGUGUAAAUUGUUAAAUAGAAGAGCUUUGAUGUUUUAUCAUAUGAUACAGAUUCAGCAUCUGUACAUGUAGCUUGAUUUUUUUUGUAGAAUUAAGCUGUAAAAUUGUUUUUAAACUGUUGAGUAGUUUUACAUUAGUGACUGUACAAAUGACCUAAUAGACUGUGUAUUUCUACCAGAUAAGUUAUUGAUAGACUUUGAUGAUCAAAGAAAAUUGCAUAAAUGGUGUCAACAAGAAAUCUAUGAAGCACUAUUUAUUAUAUACAGAUAUAUUUAAUUUUUGACACCGUCGUUGGUGCUACUGCUGUGUUUGUAUAGUACUAACAGACCUGUAAGUAUGAUGAUGGGCGUUACCACAUAAAACGUCAUUGCUACACUAAUCUGUGUAAAGAACGAAGAAUUCUGUAAAGUCGGUAUAAUAAAAACACUUGACUAUAAGGGAGUUAAAUGAAACAAUGACUUUCUUCCAGUACUUCAUAUUCCGAUGAGACUUUCUGUUUGAGGAACAGAAGGGAUGGGCGUGAAUAAAUACACUCUGGUGUUCUCAUGAGACUCGCAGUUCUUUAAAUAAAUCUUUAAAAUCAGGACCUGUUCAGAAUUUUUUAAACGAUGGAGAAUUAAAAGAAAAAAUGAACACAUUCCAUGUUUCUUGUAAAAUAAAUAUGCUUAUUUGUA